AUGGAAUGGGAGGAAGGCGAUAGCCUCUCCUUUGAGGACAGCGAUCGUUUCGAUGAAGACUCCCUUUGUUCUUGGAUAUCAGAGAGGGAGUCGGUAUGCAACCAUUGGCGCGGCUGGAAGAAGAUCCCCUCGGCAAACAACUUCAAAUACGUCAAGGUCUCUCUUCCAGGUUCGGACCCUUCGUCCUCCACGCCACCGGGCGAAGUGAGCUCCCUGGUGGAGUUGGCCGCCCGGGAAGUCGCCACCCACAUCCCGUUUGAGGUCGUAGAAACCGUCUAUCCACCCGUACCGGAAGAACUUCAGCUCCGCAUUGCGUUCUGGAGUUUUCCGGAGAAUGAGGAGGAUAUCAGGUUGUAUUCGUGUCUGGCGACCGGUUCCGCUGAGGAAUUCGGUAAGGGAGAGCAACUCUUCAAGACGAAGGCCACCAAGGAUCUCCUCCAGAUCGGAUUCCAUCUUAGCGCAACCGUAAAACCUGCGGGAAACACCGGUAACGGCCAAGGCUCGUCGAAAACCCAACAGCCGCUGGUGGUAACGCCCGCAUUGAAGAAUCCGCAGUACAACGUCGCCGUCACUUUCGAUCGAAGGCGAAUAACCACCUGCAACUGCACCUGUACCAGCACAGCGUCGUGGUGUGCGCACGUUGUGGCCGUGUGCCUACACCGAAUUCAUCAGCCGCACACGGUCUGCCUCCGGGCUCCUGUUUCGGAAUCUCUCUCCCGACUGCACAGGGAUCAGCUUCAGAAGUUUGCUCAAUAUCUAAUCGCGGAAUUGCCCCAGCAAAUUCUCCCGACAGCUCAGCGAUUGCUCGAUGAGCUCUUAUCGAACCAGGCGUCCGACAUAAACACUCUGCGUGGCGCGCCCGAUCCCACGGCCGGCGCGUCGGUUUCCGACCAGACCUCGUGGUGUCUGGACGAGGGAAUCCUCCAUGAGAGCAUCCGGAAGAUCCUCGUCAAGCUCUCAAUGCCCUCGCCAAUCGUUUACUCGGACGUGAAUUUCCUCUCGACGACAUCUCCCCCGGCAGCGUCGGAAUGGCAGAGUUUGCUUCGCCCCCUGCGCGGACGGGAACCCGAAGGCAUUUGGAAUCUCUUGUCGAUGGUGAGAGAGAUGUUCCGGAGAUCGGAUCGCAACGCCGUUCCGCUCCUCCAACUCAUCACCGAGGAGGUGCUCGCUUGUGAGCCCAUUCUCGUGUGGUGGUUCAACACGAAGGUAUCCCUGCACACGGGAUCCACCGGAAACCAAGGGCACAGGGCGUCGAACAACAACGGGGUGUCACACAGUACGUCACAGUGUUCUCAGCACACCUGUGCCUCACUUUGUGACGAGAUCGUCAUGUUGUGGAGACUGGCUGCCCUGAAUCCGGCGCUCCCGCAAUGCGAGAAGAGAAACUUUUUCGACCAGAUGUGUCAAUGGCACUGCAAGGUCCUCGAGUCGGUGUUCAAAACCCGGACGACGAACCAAGGAGGUAACAACGCUUCGCAUAACAACUCGAACCGGCGUUGGGGGGACAUCGACGUGUUCCCGGGUUUCAAACCAGCGUUGGAGUCGUGUCUUCUGGACUGGGUCGACUAUCCAAUCCUGGGUAUCACGUACAACGACGGCGGAGCCUGCCGGUUCUACUCUGUGUACCCACAUCUUAGACAAGGCGAUCAUCUCGGCCAAGGCUGUAAAGGUCGUCCGGUCGAAGUUGGACGGAAAUCUCCGUUCAGCAUCCCUCCGGUCAUGGCUGCCUACGACACCUGCCCCAGUUCUACGCGAAGCUCAUUGAGCUCGGAAGGGUUCAAUGAGAACCUUUUCAGCAACAGCAGCAUCAACAACAACAACAACAACGGCAGCAACAACAACAACUGCAGCAGUAGCAGCGCGGUGGUCGACCGCGACGACUUCGGCGCUGAACCGCGACCCGGACCCUCGAGCAAACCCGAUCGAGCGCCCCCGGUCCCAGCCGCCGCUGUUGCCGCGCCGCUGGCAGAAGGUGCCGCACCGGCAGUCGUGCCCAACCAGAACCAGGUGGACGACGAAUACCACGUUUACUAUUACGACGCGGCCCAGGCCCGAGCUGUCGCCCAGCAGAACUUCGGGCCACCCGCCCCGAAACAGAGCCCUGUCCCGGAGCCCCGAGACCUCGCCAAGCAGAUAAAGAAAACCGAGGAUAAGCUCGAGAUUUUGUUCUCGCGAGCGGAAGCCCUCCACGCGCACGGUCACACUCAGGAGGCGUGUAAGCUCGCCUUCCGAUUGGCGCAGGAACUACUGACGAAUCCCCCGUCGUUCGAGACCGAUUCCCUACCGGCCAAUCAAGCGAAUCCGGCUCCCUCCAAGUCCGGCAAUUCGAAGCGGAACCCCAGAUCCCGAUUCAAUCCCGCGUCCCAUCAGGCGUCGCUGUUGGCGUCUGCGACCCUCUCCAAGGCGGCGUUCCUCUGCCAGGUACUUGGAGAAAACCAUUCCGAUCAUCACUACCUGGCCUUCCGCAUCGGUUUAUUCGGCCUGGAGCUCGUCCGACCGCCAGCGUCGACAAAACCUCUGGAAGUGCGACUGGUCAACCAGGAGCAGGAUCUCGUCACCCUGUUGAAGAAGAUUCCCUUGCGACAAUCAGAAAUGCAAGAUCUCCGAGAGCGAGCGCUAGCACUGAAAGAACGUCGUUUGGUAUCGCGGGGCGAAGCUCUCCUCCCUCUGAUGCUCGCCUCGUACAUUUUUGACGCACUCGUCCUGUCGAAGGAACAGCCGGCGACUUCGUCGAAGACUUCGGCCUACAGCGGCGUCAUCUGCAAACACCGUCUGGCCAUCGACGAGGAACUGGGUUUCGAGGCCGCUGUCGCUGCGCUCGGUCUGAAGGCGAACGUGUGCGAAGCGGAUCAUCCUCUUCUUUGCGAAGGAACGCGUAGACAACGAGGCGAAUUGGCCAUUACGCUGCUCAUGCACUACAAGGACGAUCGACCGAAGCUCGCCCUGAUCAUGGAGAAGCUCCUCGAUAAGGAAGUCCACAGGAUGUACAAGAACCAAUCGGCGACGUCGAACGCUUCUCUGUAUGGCCUGGCGAACUGCGGGGCCUCGACGCCGUCCACGGCCGACACCAGAGUCGAAAACCAGCCCAGCACCUCGAGGCAGGUCGAGGACGAAGGAGCGACCAGUCCCCCGACGGGCUGGGAAGAAGAUUACAAGGCGUGGGAAGCGAGGGGUCGUUGCACGAGCUCGAACUCGGGCUUCAGAGCGUCCUCUUCGAGCAACGGCAUGGCCGCCAUCGACCCAGCUGCCCAGGAACCCACGUCUUCGGACAACAGUCCCACCCUGACGAGACGCAGGGCCGGCCCGCGUGUCGAGAGUGAUUCUGGUUCGAGCGGAGACAGCAGCGAUAGUUUCGCGUCGUCUUCGUCGGGCGGAAGAAGCAAAUCUCAUAAUCAUCCUGGACCUUCGGGCGUCAGCGUUACCCCGAACAAUAACGGCAAGAAAGCAGCUCCACCUCGCGAACUCCCCCUGACGCCGUUGGUCCAAGGAGCACCGAAAUCCGUCCCGAAGAUGAUGGAGGAAUUCUCGGCGCCCGUACUGCAGCAUAAUCAAUCGAUGUUCAAUGUCGACGACUAUUCUCCGAACCAGAUGCAGCAGAUCGUUCAGUCCCCCGCCGGACGGAACCAGCUCGUCAAUCAGAUGAAAAACCUCAAUUUCCUGAACUCGAACCAAAACGUCAAUCGAGGCAACGGCGGCGGCUUUAAAGGCGGUCCGAAGCGCAGUUAUCACCCCAACGUUCCGAACCAGCCGUCCGAGGCGUCCGCUCAUUUCAUGUUCGAGCUGGCGAAAACUGUUUUCACCAAAGCCGGUGGAAACAGUUCGAUGGCCGUCAACUUCACCCAGCCCUCGUCGAGCCAGAACCACAGGGGACCCCAUCGGGAGCUGCACAUGUGCUCGUUCCAGAUCGGGCUGUACGCGCUGGGUCUGACGAACGCCGUUUCCCCGAACUGGUUGUCACGCACCUAUUCCUCUCAAGUGUCCUGGAUCACCGGUCAGGCGAUGGAGAUCGGCUGCGCAGCCGUCAUGUUCCUGAUAGACACUUGGGAAGGGCAUCUAACUCCGACUGAAGUUGUCACGUUGGCCGACAAAGCGUCGAGAGGUCGAGACCACUCCAUGCAGAGAGCGUGUGCGGAGCUCGCUCUCUCGUGCCUGCCGCACGCCCACGCCCUCAAUCAGAACGAGAUACAGAGAGCGCUGUUGCAAUGCAAGGAACAAUCAGCGGACAUGCUCCGACGCGCUUGUCUGACCGUCGAACAGGCAGCUCAAGGAGGCGGAAUCAUUCCCGAAGUUCUCUUCGACGUCGCCCGUCGAUGGUACGAUCUCUACGAGGAAGAGCAGGCCAGCGCGAUUCCUCCGAUGUCAUCGCGACCGCCUCCGCCCCAUAAGGUCGAGCCCCAGCCGCCACCCCCGCAUUUCCACAUCCCGCACGGCCACGAGGCCCCGCUGCCGAUUCCUCCCCCUCAUUUGGCGCCGUUCGGCAACAUGUAUCCCCCGGCCGGGCCCUACGCGCCGUAUCAGGUUCCGGCGCCGUAUCUUCUGCAAGGACCGAUCCAUCCCGCGUAUCUUCAGCCGUACUCGCCGUAUGGUCCCAAUUUCUAUCAGAGUCAGUUCGCGCCGAGACACGCGCUCCCGCCCCACUACCCCCCGCCCGUGGUCACCCGGAUGAUCAAUUCGCCUCCGCCCGCGGCUCCCACGACCCCAGCGGCGACGAACCAGAGCGCGCAAUCGCAGGAAUCCAUGAAGUACAUCCUGGCUGCGUACCGUGUCGGACUCAUCGCCAUGGACCUCCUGGCCAAAAAGAUCCACGACGAGCGCAUGCAGGUCAAAUACGCUCGAACUCCACCCUACGGCGAAGACGUCAAAUGGCUCCUCGGCGUCGCCAAGAAACUCGGCUCCAAUUGGCUCCAAGAUCUCUGUGUUUGUGUUGUGAACUCAGUCGCAUCGCCCUUCAUUCUCUUCGACAUUAUCACGGAAAUCGCGCAACACCUGGCCAAGGCACAGCCAGGAUCGGGCUCGCAUCAGAUAUUUAGAUCGGCUCUCCUGGCCCCGCUCAUCCAGAAGUGUCAACAGAUGUUCGUAGCGUGUAUUCACGCAAAGAUCUACCACAUCCAAGCCGCGGAAUACGACGACUUCGUCGCGAUUCUACGCUCCGCACGUCAAGCGUUCCAGCUGAGCCCCGGUGGCUUAAUGCAGUUCAGUGACCAUCUGCAGAACCUUCGACGCUCGAAAAGCUGCAAGAAAGACCUCUGGAACAAGAUCGCUGCGGCUCAACAACCGAUGAAUCAACAGAGUCUCUGA